AGCGCUGGUCGUUCUGAGUCAUACAAACACCUCUGUAUACCGUCAAACUCAAAGUGUUUAACUAACAACGAUGGCUAGAGAGUAUGAUCAUUUGUUUAAACUUCUUAUAAUUGGUGACAGUGGAGUUGGAAAAAGUAGCUUGUUACUUAGGUUUGCUGAUAACACAUUUUCUGGAAAUUACAUCACAACCAUUGGUGUGGAUUUCAAGAUUAGGACAAUUGAAGUGGAUGGAGAACGGGUGAAACUCCAGAUCUGGGACACAGCUGGACAGGAACGUUUUCGAACAAUUACAUCAACGUAUUAUCGAGGAACCCAUGGAGUUAUUGUAGUGUAUGAUGUCACAAAUGGAGAGUCCUUUGCAAAUGUCAAGAGGUGGCUACAUGAGAUUGAUCAAAACUGUGAUGUAGUCAACCGAAUCCUAGUCGGUAAUAAGAAUGAUGACCCAGACAGGAAGGUAGUGUUAACAGAAGAUGCCCAACGGUUUGCUGAUCAGAUGGAAAUCCAGCUGUUUGAAACUAGUGCUAAGGAGAACAUCAAUGUUGAAGAAGUAAGGAAUUGUGUGUGUAUGCAUGUGACAAAGGAUAUAUAA